GCACCGGACUGAGUAAGAUAAUGUAGUAUUAUUAUAGAAAAAGACGUGGUAAUUAUACAGGAGAACUGCAGCGUGUCUGCUCGGUGAAAUGGUAACAUGCAGACAGAGCACUACGUAUCUUGUGGGAAAACAGAUUUGCCGAAAUCAUGUGGGGAAUUUCGUGUUCUCGUUGGCGUAACGGGAAGCGUUGCAGCCUUGAAACUGCCUCUUUUGGUCUCACAGCUUCUUCAUCUCCCCGGGGUGGAUGUAAGAGUUGUAACUACGGAAAACGCCAAGCACUUCUACAAUCCUGAAGAGGUUUCAGUAAACAUCUACAGUGACAAGGAUGAGUGGGAGCUGUGGACGCAGAGAUCUGACCCUGUGCUACACAUUGAGCUAAGGCGCUGGGCAGACCUACUUGUCAUUGCUCCCCUAGAUGCCAAUACUCUUGGCAAGAUCGCUAGUGGCAUUUGUGACAAUCUGCUGACGUGUGUGGUAAGAGCCUGGGAUACCAGCCGACCCGUCCUCUUCUGCCCUGCGAUGAAUACAGCUAUGUGGCAGCAUCCCAUUACAGCCCAACAGGUAUCCAAGCUGAAAGAGUUUGGAUAUGUGGAAAUCCCCUGCAUUGCCAAGAAGCUGGUGUGUGGAGAUGAAGGUAAAGGCGCAAUGGCAGAGGUAUCAACUAUUGUCAGCACUGUCAGGCAGUAUCUUGAGAAACCAGAUGAGUGAUCUCAGAAACCAUGAACGUCACAUCAUAUUGUGCAACAACUGGCACUGAAGCUCAAUAGAAAAUAUACUUGAUGACUUCAAAAUGAUCUUGUGUUUAGUCCCUUAAGGCCCUACACACCCAUGGUAAACUCACACGGUGGCUUUCACCUAUUUAAUUUGACAAGUCUUCAUGUGUGGGUGUGUACUGACUUGACACUGAUGGGCAUCUCCCUACUCUUUUGUUAGCUUUGCUGUACCGGUUUGGGCAGAACAACAUAUAGUUUUACUUGAUGUAUUUGGACUAUCAUGAUCUCAUGUAAUUCUUAGCAUAGCUCGAGUGAAUUGCAGCCACAGUUUGUUAGUUUUUAAUUACAAUGAUAUGAUUGAUGGCUUGUUGGAGUGUAUAUACAUGAGCUCAUAAUAUGUCUCCAAUGAUAUGCUGCUUUGUCAAUAGCAUAAAUAUACUAUUCACAAAUGUCAGUGUAAUUUUGGGAUUAAUACGUCACUACAGAAAAGGGGAGUUACUUAAAUGGUGAAAACAUUUGAAAAAUAUCUCUCAUGGGUUGCCUUUUUUUUGUCAAUAGCUGUGGUCUAAAUGUCUGUCAUGCAAAUUAAAAUGUGGGCGUUGACAAAAAAAUGACGUAUUACUGCCAGCUUCGUGAAAAUAGUGAAGCUGAAUGACCAAGCUGUUUGUUUAAUGAUGUCAUCUACAUGCCUCUCUAGGACAACACCUUUGUUCUUCUGAAUUAUAUUUAAUUUUGUGUUAGCUGAACAAAUAAUAGUCACUUGUUUGAUAUGGGUGUAUCAUUGUAGGUUUUUUUUUUUUUUCAAAUUACUAUAUAAAUACAAAAUAUCAGGGUCAGAUAUUGUACCUGCUCAACAAAGGUGAUUGACAUUCCUCAGUUGUUAGAGUUUAAACUAUAUGUUUUAUUUUUUUUUAUUAGUAGCAAAAUGCAUUGAAAAAUGAAAGACAAAUGUUCACUGUGCUUAAAGCAACAAACUCUAUGUGGCCAUUAGCAAACCAGUCAUUAUGCAACAAAAAAUUAUUAAAUGCAUGUGUGAUUGUAAUUUUAGAAACCAUUGUUCUGAUUUAAGUCAGCAGGAGCUGCCGCAGUGCCUAUGGGGUUAAUUAUGUGAGACAAAGCAGUGGAAACAUUAUACCCACAAGGCAGUUUAACAGACUGGCUUUACUGUACAAAACUGUCAGCUGAGGUAUGGAUGCACCAGUCUCAGUGACCAUUAGUAAUUGUAGCAGUCUUAUUCCAGCACACAUACACCUUCAUUUUGUUUGUGUAGACAAGAUCAUGCAGUAUUUAAAAAAAUAUAUCUUUUUAAGAUAGACCAAGAAGUAGUAGAAGUAUUUUACAGAGUUCUUUUUUUAACCAUGAUUUCCAGUACCAGAGGCCACAAACGCUGAAACCCGUGGUUCAUAUUAGCGUUUGACAUGUUUAUCUUUGUGAAAAACCCUCCAUCUCUAAACAGAGUGAAAAGUACCAGUCUGGAUUGUGUUAAGACAAGACAGACGAGUGAAUGUCAAACCAAACCAGACAAUGGUUUGUUUAUGUUUUAUGAGUGAGAAGUAGCAGACAGUAACAACUGUCUUACUUGUAAUAAACUGAGAGGGACUGAACCUUGAGGGUGGUAAUCUUCAGGGUUUGUUUCUUCUGCAGCAUUAUUAUGUUGGACAAGUAGGACAGAAAGGUUCUGACAGCCUGUUUCACAAGACUUCAAGAUAUAAUACUCAAACUUUGUCACCAACAGACCAAAAAAAACAGUUAAUAAUAACAGCUAGCUGCAACAACUAUCUACAGUAGAUCUGCAUUGUUGAUCAUUAAAAUUCUUCUUUAUUAUAGUCAUACACACUGAGUAUUGCUGAAUCAUUCAAUUUAUUAUGUUGUAAAGUUAAUUUGAAAGCACUGAUAUUUCUCUUUCUCAUGUGAACAAAGCCAUCUUUUAUAACCACCAUGUAGACAUUUGUGCUGCUUACACAUUCCAGAUAUACUUUAUCUCAGUUUAUUUCCAUUCUCACUAAAUCCAAGGGAGGUGGGUGAAAUUUGGUUUGCAAAUAGCCUGGGGCAUUGUUACUGUUGAGCUGUCGAGGUUGCAGCACUUGGAGCCGUGUGAAUGGCUCCCCAAACGAAAAGCAUCCUUCCCUGAGCCAUAACUUGUCCUGAUGCUAUUGGCUGCUGAUUCUGUUAAUGAGGCCAGAAGCACAUUACAUCAGCUGCACUGAUGAGAGGAGCGCCAUCAUGGCCUUGACAGUGCUGUGGGGAAGCUUGCAUGUCUGCCUACUUCAGAUAAACACCGUGUUCUCAAAACUGUGGAUAACACACCAAACCUGCAGAUAUGCAGAGUGAAAUAAUCAAAGGUUGACUUUUCAAGACCAAAAAUAUUAUUUUUCUCUACUGCAGCUUUAGUAACUCUUCACCAAGAAGUGACUGUACUUCAAGACAUUUCUGAACAGCCUCACGAAUCUUAGCUCUCUCAGAACUCCUUUCUUUUUGUUGUGAAUCCCACAAAAUACAACACUGUUUAUUUGAUACUCGGUUAAAUUAUAUGAUUUGAGGAUUUAUUAUUAUUACAAUUUCAACCUCAACUUAAAGAAAUUGUUCAGUUUUUUUUAUUUGUCACCACUUUAUAUGACCUGAUAGUCUUAUACAGCUCAAGAAACGAAGACACAUUCAGACAACUGCACAACCAACAUACCUGUACAAGAACACCACAUUUUAAGUGAGAACACUGAAUUAAAUUGCAAAUCUUUAAAAUUUCUAAGCCUAGUGAAAGAAUCUAGUUUGAGAGUAGUUUUCACGUACAUUCUAGCUGAGGGAGCAUCAGUGCUGUUACUCGAUUGCGUGCUGUAGUUACAAGGUUUAAAUGACACCACAGGUGUACUUUGGAAGCUUUAACAAUAGAGAUAUGAUGGAAACUAAACAGUCAGCUAUCUGCACAUGCAGCUUCAGCUUUUUUAAAAUCAAGAAACAACAUUGAAGAAAGGGUUUUAUUAUGGAGAGUUUGAGAAGUUUAUAAAAAAAACUCAGCCUUUUAUUUGCUAUAAUGAACAAAAACUAAAGAAUAUGAGUUUUGGAGUAAUGACUUAAAUAUACUAUGACAGACUGUUGUGCUCCAAGUUAACAGCUGAACCAUGAAGAUCUUACAGAUUUGUUAAAUGUACUCUAGAAGGAAAGCUGCGGGGGAUUGACUCUGGAAUGAAAUAUGUAUGUGUAUUAUCUGAGCAACAAGUGAUAAAAAGAAGUGCAGACUUCAGAUCGGCAGCAAUCCAUACUGUGUAAAGCAUGUUUGAUUGCGUGUGCAGUCUACAUUGUAGCUACACAAUGACAAAUAUGAACUACAUGUAUAUGGUAUCUUGUUCUCUGUGACAAUGUGUGUGCACGUUCAGGUGCAGAUGCGCCUCGUGUGUCUGAUGCAACUUGAGCAGUCUCAAGGCUCAGCAUGUAGUUUCUGGCCUCUGGGAGCGUUCAGCAGUGUUUCAUCAGAAACUACAUCCUGAGAGAUCACACGCUCUGCUCCAUGUGUCACCACAACAUCUUUUAUUGACUCUCAUAUGUUUAAAAGUGGUAAACACUUCAUGGAGUCAUGAGCAAAAGAAAAUGUACUGAAGUAAAGUGUACUGUCUUUGUUUCUAUGUAUAUUUUAUCACAACACGGUUAUUCCUCCAUC